UUAUUUCAAAAUUCAAAUGCUGAGUUGUGUGAACUAAUAUGUGCUGGCGUUGAAACAGCCUCCCAGCCCAGCCUCCAUUAAAGACCUUCCAAUUCCCAAUUCCCAAUUCCAAACUAUCCAUCCAUCCAUGGCGAACUACCGAUCAGAAUCAUACAAUUACACCGAUAGAGACAUGCAGUUAGAUACAUACAAUUACCCCAAAAUCACCGAUUUCAGAUCUUACAGUGUUAACUAUGCUUCUUCCUACAAACCCCACCAACCCAAUAUGGAUAUUGUUGUCGCCAAUGAUUUCAAAUUGAAGAAAGUGAAGUCCACAAAUGGAUCUGCUUCGAAAUCGUGGAGGUUUAGUGAUCCUGAGUUUCAGAGGAAGAAGAGGGUUGCUGGAUAUAAAGCGUACGCUGUUGAAGGAAAACUUAAAGGGUCGUUUAGAAAGAGCUUUAGAUGGAUCAAAGAUAAGUAUCUUCAUGUUGUUUAUGGAUAAUCAAUUUCGAUAUGUAUAUAUAUAUGUAUGUAUGUGUAUGAAAUCUGUGGAUUCUGAUUACAGUAAUAAGAUAUAAGUUUUUGCAGUUGUGA